UUUUACAGUUCCAUACUUCUUCUCUUCCUCUUCUUCUAUGGAUAGAGAGAGGCCCCCUGACCCUGAGCUCUUUCAUCACUUCCGUUCCUCCCAACCCAAAACCGAACGCCAAUCAUACGAACCCUAAUCGCAGCAUAAACACAAAGCGUCGUCGUUUUUUCCUCGGGUGACUCCUAUUUUUGGUGGCAAAAAUGACGUCGUAUUUUGAGGAUCAAGAAGACGACGGAGGAGGAGGCGGUUCCGAUCACAGCACCAGCACCGGCACCGGCGACCCGGAGGAUAACCGGAACAGUGAGGACAACAGGAACCGAGUCUUUUCGAGGCAGCUGGUUAAUUUUGACGAAAUGGCGAUGCCGCUGAAGAUGGAGCCCAUUGACUCUGACCCACCGUCGGACUCUGACCACCGGGCCCACCCGCAACCGCCGCAGGCUCCGUCCGUCGGAAUGGUCCCCAUGGCGGCGAUGCAGAUGCAAAUGCCCGUGCCGGUGUCCUCCUCCUCCGCCGCCGCCGCCGCCAGGCGCUCCUCCACCAAGGACCGCCACACGAAGGUCGAGGGCCGCGGCCGCAGGAUCCGAAUACCCGCCACGUGCGCGGCUCGGAUCUUCCAGCUGACCCGGGAGCUGGGGCACAAGUCCGACGGCGAAACGGUGCGGUGGCUCCUCGAACACGCCGAGCAGGCCAUAAUCGAAGCCACCGGCACCGGCACCGUCCCGGCCAUCGCCGUCUCCGUCGGUGGGACCCUCAAGAUCCCCACCACGCCCAGCUACCACAACCCGACCGACGACUCGCAGACCUCCGCGGCCAAGAAGCGGAAGCGCCCCUCCAACAGCGAGUUCGUGGACCUAAGCGACGCCGUAUCGCAGUCCUCGGGGCUCGCUCCGGUGGGGCCCUCGACUCCCCAGCCCGUCCCUCAAGGCCUGGUCCCCGUCUGGGCCGUGGGCAACGCCGGCGUGAUGGUCCCUGCCAACGCCUUCUGGAUGAUUCCACCGAACGGGUCGGGACAGGUCGUCCCCGCCGCCGGCCCGUCCAGCCAAGCACCGCAAAUUUGGGCCUUGUCCCCGACUAUGACGCCGGUGUUCAACGUGGCCGCGGCCCGGCCCAUAUCGACGAGUACGUUCGUGGCGAACGGCGGAGUGGAGGUUCGCGCUCCGUCGCCGGCGCUGUCGAACUCGGCGGUGAGCACGAGCACGGUGGGGUCGAAGGCGGCGAAGAAGUCGUCGUCGACAAUGGCGCCGAGCGUGAGCUCGAGUGGUAGUGGUAACAGUAACAACGGUAGUGGCACGAAAGCUCAGAUGCUUAGGGAUUUUACUCUAGAGAUUUACGACAAGCAGGAGCUGCAGUUCAUGGGUCGACCCGCAGGCCCAGGAAGCCAGUGAUCAUAGUUUUUAACCAUUUAGAGAUUGUUAGUUAUCCUUCUUCGAAUCAAAAUAAAAAGUCCUCAAAAGAAAAUGAGAUUGUUAGUUAUGCUUC